UGUAUGGAAAUAAACAUUGUAAUCACAAUAGAGACAGGUUAACGGUCAGAUCUGUGGAGAAGCAAGCUUGCACAUGACGGUUUCACUUCGUGGAAACUGUCUGACUUCGCAACAUUAGGAUUCGUUCGCUUGACGACGGUGGAGAAAGAAGACCGGAUACUCAACAUUUCGGACAUAAAAUCAGAAGACAGGAUCAGUGUUCCAGAGCUACCACCGAAAGACCCCGUCCCUGCCCUGGAACAGCCCCCAGUGCAGCUCCCGACCCCCAGCCCUUCCUCUUUUCAACGCCAUCACACCCAAAGCCCGUGUGAAGACAGCCCUGACAGUCCACCGCAGCCUGAACCGAGAAGAAACCAGAAUCCUGUCGCUGAAAUCCAACCACAGCAAACUCAGAACGACACGGACACACGCUCUUCACGCGAUUUCGCCCUGGCAACCUCUGUUUUUCCCUCUGUGCUGGAAGAGGAGAAAACUACACAACAUCAGGUGCUUCUAGUUCCCGAUAGAGACGCGAAAACAAAAGAAAGCGGAGAACUAAACAGCUCGGUUGUUGAGGAAAUGAGUGUUGAAUUUCCAGCUCCGGUCAGUAACAGUGAACUGAACACGCAAACACAUCUUCCAGAAAUGAACAAAGAAUCUGAAAAUGCAAAUAUACUCCAAGAAAAACAGAAUAACGAGGAUCAGGAAGCUACUAAAGAGAGUCAAAUUCCCAUAGAAAAUAUUCCUCUUAUUCAAAUAUCGAGUAUAGAAGACACGCAGGAAGUAGAAGCCGCCAUGUGCACUGGAAAUAUUCAAGACAAUAGUAAAUCUUUACCAGUAACUAAACCUAUUUUGACAGGUUUUGAGCAUGACGUUAAAACAGUUCCAGAAAUUCACAUAUGUUCCACAGAAGAAAUUCCAGAAGUCCAGGUGGUUGUUCCGGUGAUUUGCGUGGAGGACGAAAUUCUGACUCCAACCAUAGAAAUAACUCAGCCGGAUGUCAUAGAAGGUCCCGUACCGAUCCUUAAUCUACCAAAAGAAAACGAGCCCGCCGUUUCACAGAAGGAGUUUGACAAUUGGCCAAAUAUCAUCCAAAACGAUUACGUGUCAGAUUUUUGUAUGCAGCUCGAGCCAGAAAAAGCCGAGGCCCAAACAGAGGAGCUCCCCCAGGUUCAUUAUCCGAUUAUUCCGAUUAUAAAUGUGUCGUGUACGGAGGAGGGGAUGGAGCAGGUCUCGGAGAUAAGGCCGUCACUUGAGACUGUGGAGCUGCCGGUGUGUGCGCCCGUGCUCGUCGUCCAAACAGCAGAAAGCGGAGAUACACGUGAGCAAGAACUCAGCGAGCAGAAGGAGAAGAGUGAACCCAGAGAGGAGACUAAAGUUGUAGAGAAGGUAGAGCCGAUAGAGAGCGCUGGAGCUGGACACGGAGACACCACGGCUCACGUAGAAACAGCAGAGCUCAGAGAAGUGCCAGUGUCUGAGCAAAUAUGUGAAAGGUCCGAGCUUGGAGAAUUAAUAAAACACAAAGAGACAUUAGAGAUACAAAGAGAGACGCCUGAGCACAGAGAGACAGAGCCAGCUGCCUCUGCUGUGAGUGAAGCUGCUGUGAGGGAGUCUGGAGCUGCUUCACAAGAGGAACCUAAACUCAGUGAAGCUCAGACCCAGGGUGAGGUGCAAGAACAGAGUGGAGCAGAGAACAGGCUCACAGUGGCCUACGAAACACCAAAGACUGAUGUGAAUGUGCUGUCUCUGAGUAAAACAGUGGAGGCCAGUAUAGAGAGUGAAAUCACCCAGUCUCUGAAAGAGGCGCGCAUAGAGAGCUUCAUGUCUGUGGAGAGGCUGAGCUUUAAGCCCCCGCUGUACCCCUCCCUGAGCCCGGCCAGUCUGAGGAAGUUCAUGAAGGCCUCAGGUGAAGCAGACUCUGCAGGAGACAGACAGAGCGACAAAGCCGAGGACUCUCUGAGCGGCGGCUCUACCCCCACCUCGUCUCUGUCCUGUGAGAGCAGCCCCCGCCUCAAACGCAGAGACAGCCUCUCGCUCAUCCGCUCCGCCACCCCCGAGGAGCUCGCCUCAGGGGCCCGCCGCAAGAUCUACAUCCCCAAAACCAAAGAGGAGAGUGAGGACAGCAGCGCUAAGAAGGACAGUCCCUACAUGUCUCCCGGACAAGCUCGACGUACGACCUAUCUACAGCCGCCCAGUGGCUCCAACACCCCCCCUGUGGAGAGACGCUCCCCUCUGCUCAACCGGCGGAAGGCCACGCUGGAGGUGCCCAAAGUGGUGGAAGAAAUACCUGUGCCUGAAGAAGUCAGCACCAAACGAGAGGAGAAACCAGGAGACAAGAAACCAGAUCCACUUAAAGCUCCUCAGGUGAUCCGUAAGAUCCGGGGUGAGCCGUUCCCUGACGCCUCUGGACACCUCAAACUCUGGUGCCAGUUCUUCAAUGUUCUGAGCGACUCCACGAUUAAGUGGUACAAGGAGGAGCAGGAGAUUCUGGAGGUGCAGAGGAGUGGAGGAGAUGAGACUCAGGUCGCUCUGGCCAUCGUUCUGGCCUCGAGUCUGGACUGUGGAGUCUACGGCUGCUCCAUAAAGAAUGAAUAUGGCAGCGACACCACGGACUUCCUGCUCAGUGAAGAUGUCAUGGCGGAGAUUCUGCUCAAAGACGACUUGGAAGUGGGAGAGGAGAUUGAGAUGACCCCGCUGCUGUUUAACAGAGGCCUGGCGGACUCGGGGACCUGGGGAGGGAAGUUCUUUGGUCGGAUCAUGACUGAGACUGUGCACCUGGGCGAGGGCUGGACUCACAAGACCAGCAGAGUGAAGGUCAUCUACGGCCUGGAGCCCAUCUUCGAGUCUGGGACCUCCUGCAUCAUGAAGAUCCAAAACCCAAUCCCCUAUGGGACCAAACUGGAGAGCAACCUGGCUGAGAGGAACCAGGAGAUCACCAAACAAGAGUGUAAAGUUCAGAACAUGAUUCGUGAAUACUGUAAAAUCUUCACAGCGGAGUCUCGAGUCAAUGAGAACUUUGGCUCUGCUCUAGAAGUGGUCCCGCAGUAUCUGAUGUACCGACCUGCAAACUCUGUGCCGUACGCCACAGUGGAGGCGGAGCUGCAGGGACCCUUCCAGGCGUACUGCUGGGUGGACUCUGGCAAACUGAACUCAAAGGGGGGUUCUGAGGUCGAGCAGAAGUGCUGCACUUUCCAACACUGGCUCUACGAGUGGACCCACAGCAACCUCCUGCCCACGAGACUGGAAGGUGUUGAUUUUAAAAUUACCAACAUCAGAGUUGCGACCAAGUCCAAAGGAUACCAGGGCCUGUCCGAGCGUGGCUCUCCUGAAGUGUUUGACCAGUUCAUCACUCACCAUCAGUGCAACUACUACUGUGGACCUCCUGGGUCUGAGGCCCCUCAAAUCCAUGGACAGUCUCCAGCCGCCCUCAAAGAUGAAGGGAUCCAGGAGCCCGCUGCUGAACCGUAAAAUGAGCGUAGGAUCCGGAAGUCCACACAUGCCAAAGAAGGCCUCACUCAGCCCACAUUCACAGAGAAAAGCUGGAACCAGCCCCAAGGCGCCGAGAAAGAAUCAGGAGGCAGAGGACAGUAAAAGCAAGGCUGUAGAGAGCAGGUAGGAGCCAGGGUGCUAAUGACAUGUUUUUAGAUUCUAAUUAUUUAUUGUAUAGAUCUAGUAAUUAUGAUCAUGAUGAGCACAAGGAUGAGAAGACACUGAACCUUUUUGUUAAAACCAAACUGUGAAUGUAAGAUUUGUCUUAUGCAUUUUGGCGGUCAGCCGUUGUCUUUGACUGACGCCAGACUGUAGCGUGUUUUUUCUGUGAAAAGCCUCACAGCAUUAUCUCAUGGACGAGAAGACAAGAAGCGCCUCUUAUGUGUAACAGCUCAGAGCGGAUCAGGUCACGUGUGGAGCGGCUUGUUCCUUGGACUGUGGCAAACCCAAGAUCUGGAUUAUUUAUUUAAGAAGGAGUGUCAAAAAAAAAAAAAAACAAUGACUGCAAUCAAAGGCUCCUAACUGAAGUGCCCUGCUCAGAUACCGGCUAAAUGACAAAGAUAAUACGUAAGCCAUUCUAACUGAUACCUUGCUUGAUCUCGCUCUUCACUUUGCAUGAAUCGUUAGACUGAUCAGAACUACAGUGUAUUUGGUGUUAAGAGCUGAUGAUGCCAGUAUUGUGAAAUGUGUAGCAAAGGAGAGAAGAAGUGCUGGAGACUGAGGGUGCGUUUACACUUGUCCUAGUUUCAGCCCAGUUUAGUCCUGAUCAUAGACCUUAAAUGUAAAUGGACAUAGCUAACCUGCUAGUCACCACGUUUCAAAUAGGAAAUGAGCAUGGACGCGCUUCCGGCUCCAUCGACACUGGUUCCAAGUCACUUAGUAUUGAAAAAACAGCCCUCCUCUAUGAAACUGCUGCUGUCAGAUCUGUCAUUUUGAUUUGUGAUUGAUAAAACCCGUUCUACGUGAUCCUGGCAUUUUUAUUUUGUUGUUUUGUCAAGAUAUGAACUUUUUUUUUCAGUUUUUUCCCCGAGAACACUCCCUCUAGCAUUAGCAACAGGUUUGAUUGAAUGCGAAAAGGAAGGGACAUUCAACACCUUCAACAGCCUUGUUCCUGAUUGACGCUUUGAUUGGUACGACACUCGCAGUAGGAAUUACAAAUACCGUAAAAUACCAAAUAAUAGCCGGGGCGUUUAUUUGUUUCAAACAGACCAGGGAUUUAUUUGAGACCAGGCAGCAAUUUGGGGCAGGCGAUGAAUUCAUUCCUCACAAAAAUCUCAGCAAAACUGGGAAAAUAUGGUACUCAAAUUCUUUUAACCAGUAUGACUAUAGUUGACAGGGCUCAGAAGCGUUGCCGUUAUACAACAUGGCGAUUACUUUGUCAAGCUUAUGGGCUACGAUUUCUGCCGCGUCAUCCUCUUUGCCACAACUUUUCUCUUACGCCACAGCAGCUACGAUCACAUUGCUGCUUCUUUCGAAUUGCCAAACUUAAGUAAUAUCACCAAAACUUCUAAAAACAGCUUCCAUUUCCUGCCUGUUAUGUUGCGCCAUCUUUCUUUUUUACGUCACGUUGAAAUAGGGAUUUUACAGCAACAUCAUCUGUUCCUCCACUUUUUCAGUGACUGGAUGCAGCGUUGAAAAAAUAUAGCCUAUGCAUUCAGUCACGCAACCAGUCUGGUAAAGUUAGGACUGAACUGAAGUCAAACUGCUUCUGUGUCAGGCUCUCUGUGGUGUCACUGCACUCAUCAUCAUAUUAUUUAUAUAUUUUCCGGACUAUAAGUCACUCCGGAGUGUAAGUCGCACCAGCCAAAAAAUGCGCAAUGAAGAAAAAAAAAAACAUAUAAGUCAUAUCGAACUAUAAGUCGCACUUUGUGGGGAAAUAUUUUUAUAAAAUCAGAGACCAGGAACUGAUAUUUCAUCUUGAAGGACAAGUUAUAGUAAUAACAAUAGAACAGAGAACAACAGGCUGAAUCGGCGUUAGUUAUGUUAACAUAACAUAUUAACAGUUAUUCAGAUAAUUAUAGCAUAAACAACAGAACAUAAGUUUACCAAACUCACGAUCUCACUCCAAAUCACUAAA